AUGCUUGGAACACGAAAAGGAAAACAACGUAGAGAGAGGUGGCAGAACCAUCUUCGUCAUGACAUCAAGAAAAGCGCAUGGACUGAAGAAGAAGAUCGAAUAUUGGUUGAAGCCCACAAGGUUUUUGGCAACAAAUGGGCCAAGAUUGCCUUAAAACUCUGUGGAAGAACUGAAAAGGCUAUUAAGAAUCGCUGGAAUGGUUUAAAGCGUCGAAUGCACCAGAAGAGAAUGAAGCAAAGUGAUAAAAAUGCAAACCCACCCCAAAAUGUCUUCCUUGCAAGAUAUAUAAGACACGUCACAAACGAGAAUGAAUCUCCUAACACCAAAGAAACAGAUUGCACCAAGGAUGAUGAUCAUGAAAAUGCUUUUGAUGGAGAGAUGGAUUUGAGUCUGGAUGUUACAACACAGACCACAAAACCAUUGGCUAGCAUGUCCACAACAUCAAGCUAUGUUCCCGAGCCAGCUAUGACAUUUUCAUGGGAUGAUUACUUUACAUAUAUUUGA